UGCCCAGGAAGUCUGGCUGGCGGAAGUGGAGCGGCAGAAGCCACAGUUGCUAUGGAGCUCGCGGAGGACUGGCUUGUGGAGUCUUUGCGCUUGUACCAAGAUUUCCAUGCAUUUGACCUCUCAGGAGCCACUCGAGUCCUUGAGUGGGUUGGUGAAAAAGGAGUCUUGGUCGCUGGUUAUGAAAGUUUGAAAAAAAAUGAAAUUCUUCAUCUGAUACUACCUCUCAGACUCACUGUGAAGGAAAACCAGGGCUUAUUCCCAGAGAGGGAUUUCAAAGUGCGCCAUGGAGGAUUUUCAGACAGAUCUGUCUUUGACCUAAAGCAUGUGCCAGGUACCAGAUUGCUGGUAACCAGUGGCCGUCCGGGGAGUUACCUACAGGUGUGGCAGAUCGGGGAGGACAAUGAUGUCAUUGAAGCUGUCAGUACCAUUGAUGCACAGGACAAAGAGGAGAGUCUCUGGCCUCGGGUGUCCGUCUUCUCCUCUGCGGCACCUGGGAUCCUCCACGGGGCUCGGCUCAGUGGCCUGAGGACUGUGGAUGUAGAAUCCCUGAAGAUCACAUACAGCUCAGGUACAAGUGACAGCGAGCCGUUGAGCAGCCUUCAGGUCCUAGACGCAGACACCUUUGCUUUCUGUGGCACCUCAGGUCGGCUGGGGCUUGUGGACACCCGCCAGAAGUGGGCACCAUCGGAGACCGUCAGCCCCAGCCCUGGCUGUAGUCCGGAAAGAUGGUGUGCAGAAGUCAGGGACAGGGGCCAAGGCCCUGCGCCCUGCAUCGCCAGCCUUGGCUCACAUGGCCAGCUCUGUCUCUUUGACCCCCGGAAUCUCUGUCAGCCUGUGAGCUCAGCCCAGUGCCCAGUCUCCAGACCCAGCCCUGACCUAGAGCUGCUGCGGGUGACGUGGGCUCCGGGCCUGGACAACUGCUUGGCUAUUUCAGGCUUUGACGGGACAGUGCAAAUCUAUGAUGUCACAUCGUGGGAUGGAAAGAAAACCCAAGCGGAGCCUCUCUUCACUCACAAAGGCCACAUCUUCCUGGAUGGAAAUGAGGUUGACUCUGCCCCUCUGGUCACCGCCCACACCUGGCACCCUUGCAAAUCCAGAACUUUGUUAUCAGCAGCAAGCGAUGCCUCUCUGCAUGUGUGGGACUGGGUGGACCUGCAGGCCUGUUGACAGCAUCAGUUGCCCUCGUGGGCCUCUGAGAAGAGGAGCAGUUGCUUGAGCGGGUGACCACAGGUCUACCAAGGCCAAGUUAGCCUGCCCUUCCCAUCCCUUCUCCUUGCCUGUCACGUUAGGGUGGUAGUCACUACCCCCCAGGGCUGUGGGGAGUGCCACAAGUAAGGCGCCUGAGGACAGUUGGUGGGGCGCAUGGCAUGGCCCCGCCGCUCCAAGUGUGAAUGGCAGUGCUGUGUUCCUGUCUUCACAGCAUCGUGGAAUCAGGAGAGCUGGAGCGUGAAUGUGGGCGUGAGCUUUCUCACAAAAGGAAGCAGUGUCUAAGGCCCAAUAAACAUUGAAAAAAAUGCCAGUAACAAGCAAA